CAUAAGCAAACAAAACAUUGCACCGGACGUAUGUACAGCAGUUGAUACCAGCUGCCGUAUGAAACUACUCGCUCAUCUGCACUAUCCCGCCAGUCAUUGUUGCAUUCCUUAUCCGAACACAUCGCUCUAACUAACUUGCCGGUCAUGCAUCCGUUGAAAAACGUUCUCACUUUCUACGACCCGUCAACGAAGAUUUGGAGCGGCCUGCGGAGGAAACCAAUCUUCAACCCUCACCAAAACCUAGGCGAUCUGAUUCUGCAAAUGCUGGAACGCAAUAACGAAAAAGUGUUGCAAAUUAGCGCCGACAGUGGCGUUGAGCUUACCGGGGGCGAACUGCGCCUUCGAUCGAUCCGAAUCGCUCAGAACCUGAUGAAAAUGGGUCACGGUAGGAAAAUGCCUCAUUCGGAGGACAUUUUUACGAUGGUUGUCCGAAAUGGAGAGCACACGGCCCCGGUGCUGUUUGCUUGUUUCGCUUUGGGCAUUCCAGUCAAUACGCUGGAUCCUUCGUUCGAACGAGAUGAUUUGAGCCAUAUGUUCAAGACGGUCCGACCGUCGGUGAUCUUUUGUGAGAAUGACAUUUUGGAUGAAGUGGUCGCUGCUAGCAAGUCGGCUGAGAUAACUCCGCGAAUUAUUCUUAUGGGCAAUUCUGUGGAUGGACACUAUCAAGUAGAUCGUCUAAUGGUGGCGACUGGGCAAGAGCAACUGUUUGUACCAACCACGAUCGCGGAUCCCGUCAAGCACUUGGCCAUCCUUGUGUGCUCUUCCGGUACCACAGGUCGCCCGAAAGCUGUCUGUCUGUCGCACUCGAUCUGCAUAGCUCAUGCAGCCAACUUUUUCGAGUGUCACCCUAGUGAUCGACCGUUCGCAUUCAGCUCGCUGUACUGGCUCUCCGGACUGAUCACCCUUCUGUGCGGUACGUUGAUGGGUGCCACUCGUAUCAUAACCCGUAAGUCCUAUCAACCACAGCUGGCGAUAGAUCUAAUCAGAAACUUCCAAGUGACGGCCCUUUGCAUAACACCAACUCAAGCUUAUGGAAUUGUUCACGAAGGACAGGCAUUACCAUCGGACUUCUCCAGCGUUCGAAUCGUAUUCUGUGGUGGAAGCGCCGUAUCGACGUCUUUGAAGCGAUCUUUUGAAAAACUGAUACCCGGAAGAUUGAUGGAAGUUGCUUACGGGUUCUCGGAGGUUGCUUACUCGGUCUCGUUCAGCAAACAGGAGCUCUAUCGGGAUGGAUCAGUUGGGUUUCCGCGAGCCGGUAUUGAAUUUAAAAUCAUCGACGACAAUGGAAAUCCUCUGGAAAGUGGUCAAGAAGGCGAGAUCGCUGUGAAGGCGGAAUAUAUGUUUCAGGGGUAUUACGGGAAUGACCAAGCAUAUAGCGACAUGUUGGAUAACGCUGGCUGGCUUCAUACCGGUGACAUUGGACGAUUCGAUGAAGACGGUUACCUCUAUGUAGUGGAUCGCAAAAAAGACAUGUUCAAGUAUAACAACUUUCAGAUUUCUCCGACAGAAAUUGAAAGUGUCAUUCAAGAAAUGGAAGGAGUUGCAGCAGUAUGCGUUGUCGGUAUCCCAGGGGAGCCGAAUGAUCUGGCAACGGCUCUUGUUGUUAGGAAAAAGAAUUACUCCGCCGAUCUAGAUGCAACGGAAAUAGCCGAAAGAGCGAAUCAUCUGUUGCCGGAUUAUAAACAUCUUAGAGGCGGUGUGUAUUUCGCAGAAAAGCUUCCUUUGACGCCAUCAGGCAAAAUAUUACGGCGAGAGGUGCGGAAAUUAAUUCUACUUAUUAAGAGCAGCACAUAGUUUGCAAAAUAAAGAAAAAAAAAACUGUUUAGGGUAAAUGACCCAAUAGUAGAGGCAAUAA